AUGGGUGCAGCAAUGGUCCUACUUUUGUUGAUGGUGAUCGGUCUGGGUGUUGCAUACCACAUGGGAAUUCUGGAACCUUACAUUAAAGAAGCCCAAGCAAGAUUGAAACAAGGUGGAGGUGGUGGUGGUGGUGGUGCACCUCACUAUUCGCAACGUGACAAUUGCAAUCCUGAAAAGUUUGCUACACUUGUGAAGCUAGGUAUGUGGUAUUUAAAUUAA